AUGGCAUCCUCACCGCGAUCGUCCAGUGCAUUGCCGGCGCACGUCGUGGUCUUUCUGGACGCGCUGCCGUCGCAAGUGCUUGGCGCAUCGCUUCGCGCACUGCGUACGCUGCUCUCGCGGCCUGGCCAGUUUAUGCACGAGUGGCCCAAACCGUGCUUCCUCGGUCUUGUCGACGACGACGAGGACCUUGCAUCGGCCGCCUUGCCCGCCUACGAGGCCAUUGACGAUUUUUUUGUACCCAGCACUUUUCUAGGCCCCGACGUGUUUAACGUUAGCACUUUUUUGUCUUCAUGGGCCCACAAGAUGACGGCCAUCGACGUCACGUUCAGCGCCAACCACAUCAACAAAGCGGUCUGCCAAGCGUUACGUCGCUGCACGCGCCUUCGCGAGGUCUCGUUGGACUCGUCGCCAAGGAUGACGCACGUGUUUCAAGCGGUGGCGCAUCACGUGUCCAGACUCAACGUGGUGAUGACGCGAGGUGACGCCGUGGACUGGACACCGCUGGUGACGUCGUGGCUCGCGAGUGGCCACGCCGAGCACUUGAGUCUGCGCUGCAUCCCAGUCGCCACCGAUGCCCUCGCGCGCGCCGUCAGCCGGACGCCGACGCUGCGCAGCCUUGCGAUCUUCGCGUGCGAUGACGUUGUCGAGCAGCUACUUGGUAUCGGGGAGUCUCUGCGCCACCUCACGCGCUUUAGUUUCGGGACCAAAGUGCUUGUCCUCGUGGGCCGACUUCUCGAUUUCGUCGACAUCCGCUCGCUAACGUCGGUCACGCUCUCCUGCAGCAUGCCGCUGCAUCCAGUGUUUUACACGCUGUGUGGCUCGCCCGCGCUUGAAGAGCUCGUCUUGCGCUGGUGCUCACUCACCGUUCGCAACGAUGACGACGUCGUCGGACACUGGUCGCGACUCCGCGUCGCUCGGUUUGAUGGCGUGGACUUUAGCGCCGACGUCUUUGACACUCUAUUGGCGAGUCUCACGUCCUCGCAGGUUUUGGAGCACAUGGGCUUUCACGACUGCAGCACUGUCUCUGUUGUGCCGUCGGGGUUCACUGCCGACGCAAGGUCUGCUCUUGAUGAGGAUGCACCGCUCUUCAAAGGCAAAACGAAAAACUGA